GGCUCAGCUCUCUGACGUCCUCAUUGACGACAGACGACCAGUUGGUCCAAUCAGCAUUCAGUUUCCCCCAACGAUCGCUGACGCUACGGAAGUAAAUGCUCGACGCUGUGUUUUCUUCCUCUCGAGUGCUGCAGGCUCCUGAAAGGUGUCGCCAUGUCAAAGCAGCCGCUUGGGAAGACGUUGUUGAGGAACGUAAUCCGACACACAGAUGCCCACAACAAGAUCCAAGAGGAGACGGAGAUGUGGAAGAUGCGAGACUGGGAGAUCCAGACGUCUGACCACAAACAUUUGCCGAACGCAAACAUUAUGAGGACAUUCUGCAUCAAGACAGACAAGUUCUCCUCAGACUCUGCUCCUCUAACCCGUGGAGCUCUACAAGGAGGACACAUGCACUGCGAUCGAGUGCCAGAUCAAUCCAGAAACCUGAGCUCUGGCAGAGAGCGAGUGUCGGAGCAUGACGACAGAGAGGCUCGGUACUGGACUCGCAAACUCUAUGAAUUUGAGGCCGGUGAUCCAGACAGAUGGGGGCAUAGUGGCUUCAAGGAGCUCUAUCCGGAGGAGUUUGACAGUGACAGUGACAAAAGUUUUACCCUAAAGAAGACCGGCCGCCGCAAAAUGAAGCGAUCCAAGUCUGACACAGAAGAAUGCCUGUCAAAACGAUCAAAAAAAUCCUCUCUAAAGAAGAAAAAGAAGAAGAAAAACAAGGACGGAAAAAAGAAAAAAGAGAAGUCGUCAAGCAACGACAGUGGUACCGAUGACAAAAGUGACACAAAAGACAAGCAUAGAAAGAAAAAGAGAGCCAAAGGUCGACAUAAAACCAAGAAAAGUGUGAAAGCCCGAAGGAGAGAGGAGGACAGCAGCUCAGGAGACGGUAAUAGCGAUGGAAUAAAGGGGAGACGGACUAAAAGUCGCAAAAAGCGAAAACAGGACUCCCUGAAGGACUCAGACUCAGAAUUGGAGUCCAAUAAGAAGAGGAGGAAAAACUGGAGGGCAGCAGGCGAGGAGAGCUCAGGUGGUAGUUCUACAGACUGAUGCAAACAGACGUACAGCUAAUGACCAGAAAAGCUACUGUAGAUUAUUGUUUCACCAGAACUCCUGCGAGAGAUCUUCACUGCAGGGCUGCGUUUUGUUUUUGUUGCGCAUCAACAAGCUUGUGCUGUUGGUCCUUUCUGUGCUCGCUCAGAGGAGAAAUAUCUCAUCAGCUCUGCAGCUCACUCAGCAGGCCGCGCUAAAAACAACGGAUGGGUUUCCACCACUCACCACAACGGGAGUCCUGCGAGCUGCAGCCACGUCGAUCCAGUGUUUUCUGCGUCGCCCCCAGACCGCAGUCCUGAAAUUACCACUUUUUAAAAAUAUCGAUUCAAAACAGUGAACUUGUGGAAGUUCCAUCAAGUGUGAGAGAUUGUACAACUUUUUCUACAAGAGUUUUUUUUUUUAGGUUUAUACAUUUUAUACUGUUGUAAAAACAUUGCCAUGUCCAAAAUAAACCUUUAUUUUACAUCAGUUUUUAAUUUGUACAUAAGAAUGAGGAAUAUUUGUUAAACAGGCCUAGUGAUGUUAUACAUUUUCUUUUAUCCUUGUUUUAGAUUUUAUAAAAAAGUUUAAUAAAAUUAUAUUUUAUGUAUGUAUGCUUUCCAAGAUGCCAGAGGUCAUUUUUCAGAGCAAACACAAGAAUAAAACAAUAUAUUUUUUACUAAUAAAGCUAAAUUACAACAAAAUAAAAAACUAGGGUGGAGCUAAAAACAGGUUGAAUGUGAUCUUAAACAGAUGAGAAUUCAAGGGGGAUUUGAAGAUACUUAAGGAUUUAGUAUUAAGUAUUUCUAAAGGAAGAGCAUUCAGAUAAUAAAG